ACUUUCAGUACGUCAAGUUUGUCCAGUAGGUAGCCUGCCUAUCUCAGGUCGAGCGCCAUAUUGUCCCGCGCAGAGAAUUCGCAAUAAAAGUAUUUCUGGGGUGUUUAGCGUUUCCACUACCCCCUUAAAUGUCGCAGAGAAGCGUCGGGACUCUGUCCACCCAUAAUAAUGCAAUCUACGUUUCUCCCGCUGUGAUGCCCGGAUAUGGCGGCUAUGUGCCGACAGUGAGGUUCUCGUAUGGAGACACGUUUGGAAACGCCACCGCAAAACACUUUCAGGAUUACCGCUACGCAGCGAUGUCAACCAGCACGAGCCCUUACAGCCUGGGUUGCAUGUUUCCGUCAAUCUACUCAAACAACCCUGGGCUCGCGCCCGGUAGCGCGUGCCGCGGCCCGGACAGGCGUUCGUACUCCCCCUACUGGGCGAGCAAGAACGUGGGCUUCGACAGACAAGCCGAGUUCAAGCACUUUGACCAGCUCGCGCACCAACACAGGGAGCAUUACCUGGACACCACCGGGACCCGGCUGCCAGUACCUUAUUUUGUCACAGCACACGGCCAUGAGGAGGAGCGCGCAAAAGGCUAACCCAGGGAUACACAAUGAUUCCCCAUUAAAAAAAAUACUAUAAAAAAAUAAAACUUAAACCUGGAA